AUAGACGGUGAACAAAAAGAGACGAGAUUAAAUAUGAAAGGAUGUUCGAUAUGGAAGGCGCUGUCGAGGCGGCGGGUGGACAGUGAGCUGGACAAAUCUAGUGAACUUGCCCGAGUUCUGGGACUUGUCGAUCUUACGGCUCUCGGCGUCGGUUCGACACUUGGCCUUGGCGUCUACGUUUUGGCUGGGAGUGUUGCUAAGGAAACCGCUGGCCCGGCUGUUUGUAUAUCCUUCCUCAUAGCUGCCGUCGCUUCGGCUUUCGCCGGAAUGUGUUACGCUGAAUUUUCCUCAAGAGUACCUAAGGCAGGAUCUGCGUACGUUUACAGUUAUGUAACUGUGGGAGAAUUUAUUGCUUUUGUAAUUGGUUGGAAUCUAAUACUGGAAUAUGUUAUAGGUACCGCAAGUAUGGCUAGAGGUGUAAGUAGUUACAUCGACGUUCUUACAAACUACACAAUACAAAGUGCGCUGCAGUCCGUGAUGCCAAUCCAUGUAUCCUUUCUCUCUCAAUAUCCGGAUUUUUUUGCUCUUUUCAUGGUUAUUCUGCUAACAAUAUUUCUUAGCAUUGGUGUCAAGGAAUCAUCAAUGUUAAAUAAUAUUUUUACCACAAUUAACUUGAUUACCAUUACGAUUAUCGUAAUCUCUGGAAGUAUCAAAGCGGACGUAGGUAAUUGGUCAAUAGAUCCAGUGACCAUACCUCAGAAUGUAACGAAUCCUGGUUCAGGAGGUUUUAUGCCUUUUGGAAUAAAAGGUGUGAUGGAAGGAGCGGCCAUCUGUUUUUACGGAUUCGUUGGCUUCGAUGCCGUAGCGACAACUGGCGAAGAAGCGAAAAAUCCUCAACGAAACAUCCCUAUUGCUAUUAUCAUUUCAUUGACGAUUAUAUUUCUAGCUUACUUUAGCAUCUCCACUGUACUUACUAUGAUGUGGCCCUAUUACGAUCAGGAUGUGCAAGCUCCAUUCCCCUAUGUGUACGAUCAAAUUGGUUGGACAACUAUUAAGUGGAUCGUCAAUAUUGGCGCAGUAUUUGCCUUAUGCACCAGCUUACUCGGAGCCAUGUUCCCUCUUCCUCGUGUGCUCUAUGCUAUGGCCAACGAUGGAAUAAUCUUCAAAUUCCUCGCUAUUAUUAAUCCAAGGACCAUGACACCUGUUCUUGGAACAAUAAUUUCUGGCUUACUUACUGGUAUAAUGACUCUUCUUUUUGAUUUGCAACAACUUAUAAACAUGAUGUCAAUUGGAACACUUCUAGCUUAUACAAUAGUAGCUGUAUCAGUCUUAAUUUUAAGAUACCAAAAGAAAACAUCGAUUACGAAAGCAUCCAGCAACAAAACAAGUAAUUCCUUAUAUUUUAAAUCUUUCUAUUAUUUCAAACAAAUAUUCAAUCUUCACAACCAGAAAGAGCCAACGGAUUUCUCGACGUCAAUUGCAAAAUAUGGUGUUUUAUUUUUUGGCAUCGUUAUGUUCAUUAUUGGUUUGAUGUUUAACAACUCCAAUUUAUUUUCUAAAACAAUAUUAAUAAUCACACUUACGAUAAUGCUAUUAUUCGCUGUACUUUGUACCAUAGCAAUAGGCAAACAACCCGUUCAAGAAGUUGAAUUAUCUUUUAAGGUUCCAUUAGUACCACUAAUACCGUGCAUUAGUAUUAUUAUAAAUCUUUAUUUAAUGCUGCAAUUGGAUGUAUUUACGUGGAUAAGAUUUCUUAUAUGGAUGCUCAUAGGUUUCUGUAUUUAUUUUUUUUACGGAGUUAAACACAGUGUACAAGGUGAACGGGAUCGACUAGAGGAGGAGGCGCUGGAACGAAAGUACGCUAAUCAAGUUCAAAUUGUUACUAAGUGCUAGUACAUGCUAUUUAUGUACGCAUACAUAUAAGUAAUAGAAUAUUAUUUAACAGCAGUAUUAUUAAUAAUAAAAAGAGAAAGUUUCAAACACUUUUUGGAAAACACUAAAUUAAUUUCUGAAU